AUGAAGAACAAAAGGGAAGGUUUCUGGUGCUCUCACAAAGCUAGAAUUAGUAAGAAGAUAGAAGAUCUUAUGGCGAAAAGGGGUGUCAAAGUACUCAAAGGUGACGAGAAGAAGGAAAAAAGAGAGGAUAUGUGGCUUGCCCAAAUUGGCCAACGAGAAAACCACCGCUAUGCUUCGGACAAUUCAGAAUCAAGUUUACUGAUCCACCAGCUUGGGCGAGACAUCUCGAUUAACUGUCUCCUUUGUUGCUCAAGGUCUGAUUAUGGCAUCAUUGCAACUUUGAAUACGAGUUUCCACUCUCUUAUACGGAGUGGUGAGCUGUACAAGUUGAUGCGACAAAAGGGAAUUGUUCAACAUUGGGUUUACUUCUCCUGCAACCUUCUGGAGUGGGAGGCUUUUGAUCCAACCCAUCGUCGAUGGAUGCAUAUGCCUAAAAUUAGGGCCAAUGACUGUUUCAUGUGUUCUGAUAAUGAGUCAUUGGCUGUUGGGACCGAACUUCUGAUUUUUGGAAAAGAAAUAAUGUACCCUAUUGUUUAUAAAUAUAGCAUUUUGACGCACACAUGGACACCCGGGAUGAGGAUGCAUACACCCAGGUACUUGUUUGCAUCUGCUAGUCUGGGUGAAAUCGGAAUUAUAGCUGGUGGUUGUGAUUUGCGUGGAAAUAUUUUGAGUUCAGCCGAGCUUUAUAAUUCUGAAACUGGCAAGUGGGAGACCAUUCCAAGCAUGAAUAAGGCCAGAAGAAUGUGUUCUGCGGUGUUGAUGGAAGGGAAGUUUUAUGUUAUUGGUGGCAUUGGGGUUGAGAAUUUGAAGAUAAUAACAUCCGGAGAGGUGUAUGAUUUGAAGACCAAGACUUGGAGUGAGAUACCUAACAUGUACCCUGCAACAAACGAGGGGGCUGUAUCAACAAAAGAACCUUUUAUAGCCGAGGGACCUCCUCUAUUGGCAGUUGUGAAUGAUGUGUUAUAUGUAGCUGAUCAUGUAUUGAAGCAAGUGAAGAAAUAUGACAAGGAGAAGAACUUGUGGGUAAUAGUAGGGCGAUUCCCUAAGCGUACUGCCUCAAUGGAUGGGUGGGGGAUAACAUUUAAGGCAUGCGGAGAUCAACUAAUGGUUAUUGGAGGACCUAGGGUUUUAGGUGCAGGGUUUGUUGAGAUCAACUCUUGGGUCCCGAAGGAGGGUCCACUAGAAUGGAACUUGGUUGGCAGAAAGCCCUCUAGCAGUUUUGUGUAUAACUGUGUCGUCAUGGGAUGCUGACAUGUGCAUCUAGUUUCGAUGGCACCAUGUUGUUGCAUAAAGUCGUUUUCUACUACAACCCAUAGACACAGCCAUAAGAGGAGGGUUGAAGAUUUCGAACCUUCUUAGUUUUAUUAUAUUUUGUAACUUUCCUUCCAUUUUCUUUUUUGUUCCUUUUGUUGGGUGGUUGCCAUCAGGGUUUGUUAAAGUUUGUGUUAUGUAGAACAAAGCAUAGUUCCAUA